AUGGAAGUUGAAAACAAUCCACAAAUCAAAUCAGUUUGUCGUCAGAAAGUCUUCUUCAUCUCAGAUGCUUACUUCUUUGAUGAACAAACAAUUAUAUUUCAGUCUAUUAGUUCGAAACUACUUUCUGUUUUCUACUUAUUCAUUGCAAUCUCAUUACUGCUCAUCGUUUCAUUCAUAUUCAUUCUGUUUCUCUACACGCGGAAGGUUGUCGGUGACAAGCGAUCAGCUAUCUCAUCCGAAAUAUUGGAUAAGCAUACGGCAUUAAGUAAAGUGUUAUAUGUUCAGACGAUUCCCUCUCUUCUCACUCUCAUUCUUAUUCUGUUUUUAAUAGUGUUCGUUCUUAUUCUCGACAUUUCGUUUUUUGCUAUGAGCUAUUUUAUUCAUUUGUUUGUCAUCUUCGUAUCACUCUCAGGAACUUUCAUAUCUUGUCAGCACAUUUACAUGAGAACAGAAUAUAAAAGAGGACUCUUGUCAUUAUUAGGGCUUUCCAAUUCUGUUUCCCAUACAAUAUACGCCUCGUCUCGUCGCCAAUCAACCAUAUCUAUCAUAAACACGUAA